GACCUAGAAACCGUGGACAGCGAGGAACUUGCCCUGACCCGAUUCGCCAACACCCAUCCAUGCUAUGAUCUGAUGCCUGCCAGUUGCAAGCUGGUUGUUUUUGACAUCAAUCUCAAUGUUAGCAAGGCAUUUUAUGCACUUGUACAGAAUAGUAUAAGAUCUGCGCCUCUGUGGUCAAUAGAUAAACAUGAUUUUGCUGGUCUUCUUACAGUAACUGAUUUUUUGAGAGUUCUUCAAAAGUAUUACCAUUCUCCCGAGUUGGAUCUGAAAGAAAUUGAGGAUCAAAAAAUCUCAAACUGGAAAAAUAUACUGGGCGACUCGGACAAGCCGACAAUUCAAGUGGAGCCCGACACCUCCUUGCUGGCUUCCGCUGCUAUCCUGGCGCGUCAUCACAUCCACCACCUUCCUGUCGUUGAUCCCAUCACGGGCAACAUUCUCUUCGUCCUCACCAGUAAGAGGAUACUGAGGUUCAUUGCGUCAUAUGUGAGGAAAGAUGUGAUAGGCAACCAGUUUCUUCAACAAACCAUUGAACAAUGCCAAGUCGGCACCUAUGAAAAUGUUCCCCAUGUUACCUUUGAGAUGACGCUGGUAGAAGUAGUUGAGUUGUUCAUGGGUAACAACGUGUCGGCACUUCCAAUCGUCAACGAGAAGAACCAAGUCAUUGAUAUCUACAACAAAUCAGAUGUCUUUUCCAUUGCAGAUGACCAGAUGUACACAGAUCUUAAUGUCACCGUCAAGAAAGUCAUCGAGCACAGGAAAGAAGUUCGGCAGUACCUUCAGACUUGUUCUUCCAGUGAAAGGUUGUGUGAUGUGGUCGCCAGGAUGGUCGACACUGGGACGCACUGCAUGGUCGUCGUGUCAGACAGGAAGGAGUUGAAAGGUGUCAUUUCAAUCACUGACGUCAUCGAUUUCCUCAUUCUCAGACCUUUCUGUACGUUGGUGUUAUUUUUAUUAUUAUUAUUAAUUGUUUUUAUUAUUGUUAUUAUUAUUACAUUUGCUAUCGUCUUGAGAGCUUGGUGUUUUUUCUAG